CGUGGUAAUUCACCAAUGCCCCACCGAAAAAUUAGAAGGCUACUAGUCGACGCGCUUUGUGGGUGGCCGGAACCUCCAAAAGCCGCCUUCUCCCCCAGCCCCGGCGCCCCACCGCCGCCUCUCAAACGCCGGCGCAUCCCAUCACCUUGCCACCAAACGAGAUACGCGGACAGAUCCGCCUCCACCUGGAUCCCGAUUCGGGGGAGCGGAAGCGGAGACCGGAGCGUGAAGGAGAGAUGGCGGCCAUGGUGAAGGAGACGGGCUACUACGACGUGCUGGGCGUGAGCCCGUCCGCCACCGAGUCCGAGAUCAAGAAGGCCUACUACAUCAAGGCGAAGCAAGUCCAUCCGGAUAAGAAUCCGAAUGAUCCGCAGGCUGCCGAGAAGUUCCAGGAACUAGGGGAAGCAUACCAAGUGCUCAGUGAUCCCACACAACGCCAAGCUUAUGACUCAUAUGGGAAAUCUGGCAUCUCGAUGGAAGGAAUAAUUGAUCCAGCAGCAAUUUUUGCGAUGCUAUUUGGUAGUGAGCUUUUUGAGGAUUACAUUGGUCAACUGGCAAUGGCAUCAAUGGCUUCACUUGAUAAUUUCGGUGAAGAUGGACAUAUUGACGCAAGAGAGCUGCAAGAGAAAAUGCAGGCUGUUCAAAAAGAAAGGGAAGAAAAACUUGCAGAGAUACUGAAAAACCGGCUACAUAUUUAUGUUCAAGGAAAUAAGGAGGAAUUCGUCCAACUUGCUGAAGCUGAGGUGUCCAGGCUUAGCAAUGCAGCAUAUGGAGUUGCUAUGUUGAACACUAUUGGCUAUGUAUAUUCAAGGCAAGCUGCAAAAGAACUUGGAAAGAAGGCGAUAUUUUUGGGGGUUCCAUUUGUAGCUGAAUGGUUUAGAGACAAAGGACAUUUUAUCAAAUCCCAAGUAACAGCUGCUGCAGGUGCAAUAGCUCUUAUGCAGCUGCAAGAGGACUUACAGAAGCAUAUGAGUGCUGAGGGCCAUUACACAGAGGAACUCCAAAUGUACAUGCAGAACCACAAGCAAGCUAUGGUUGAUUCCUUGUGGAAGCUUAACGUUGCUGACAUCGAAGCCACACUAUCGCAUGUCUGUCAAAUGGUACUUCAAGAUGGUAGCGCCAGGAGGGAGGAAUUGCGUACUCGAGCUAAAGGUUUAAAAACUUUAGGAAAAAUUUUCCAGCGGGUUAAGCUCAAUCCUAAUGAGGGGGAAGCAUCACAAGUGAAGAAUACAAUAGAUAACAUGGAUGACAAUGAUGCUAGCUCCCCUGAUUCAUCACCAAAGAGGGAGCCACAGUUCACUCCUAAUCCUUCUCAUGCCCCGAGCCCAUAUGUGGAGGCCCCCCAGUUUAAUGGAACCUAUUGUUCGUUCAACUUCCCAAUGCCAACAGCUCCACCUGGCGCGCAGAGGGAUCCAUUGCCAUGACGCCAGAUUAAGUCUGCAUGUACCAUUAUUCCGUGUAAUAUUGUUUGCAAUACUAGAUCAGCUGCACGGUGCACCAUUUGUACCUGUAGCAGGAGUCAGAGUCGUCAGGUAUCCUUCUCGUUAUUUCUUCAGUUGUGCAUGCAUAGACUGAUGAUAGCAACCGUGUCUUGUGUACAAGUGUGUUUUGCUGCUAUGGAAGCAGCAGUAGGUCAGCAUUGGUGUACAUGCUAUGUGUCAUUUUGUUGUCAGUUCGUUUUCAUUUAGCAUACUGUCAUUACCGUGCAUCUAUGAAAAAUGAAGUUCUGGUGACUGUCUUUGAAGUUUAGUAGUAUAAUGAAGUGCACUGAACUAUUCUGCUAUACAAAUAUUUUUUUGCAAUGAAGAGAGACCCUUUUUGAA